UAGUAGUAUUGUAAGACUCGCGCAUGUGCUGUCGACUUGCUUCCCCUGAUAAAGAAAGGCCACCUGGAAGUCGUCGCCGAUGCGGCCGCGGCCAGAUCCACAUCCACCAACCACCGCCCCACCCUCCCGCUGCUGCCCGUCGCCACCAGCCUCCCCCUCAUGCAUCCCCUCUCCUCCUCCGCCUCCGCCUCCGCCGGGCCGGCGACGCACCGCCUGCGGCUCUGGUGGCGCCGCCUGGGCCGCCGCGGGGCCGCCGGGGCCGCGGCCUUCGCCUUCGCGCUCCUCGCCGCCGCAUUCUUCCUCGCCCCCUCCCGCGACGCUUCCGCACCGUCCACCGCAUCCUACCCUUCCUACGGCCACCGGCUCCCCACGCUCGUCGACCUCACCCUCGUCGCCGGCGCCAGGGAGAGGGGCGCCGUGUGCCUGGACGGGACCCCGCCUGGGUACCACUGGCUCCCGGGGUUCGGGGAGGGGUCCGACAAGUGGCUCCUCCACUUGGAGGGUGGAAGCUGGUGCAGGAACCUGACAUGGUGUGCUCAGCGUAAAGAAACAAAUCUAGGUUCUUCUGACCACAUGGGAAGGCGGGCUGAGUUCGUCGGCAUCCUGAGCGACGACCAACUGCAGAAUCCAGAUUUUUACAAUUGGAAUAAAGUGAAGGUAAGGUAUUGUGAUGGUGCCUCAUUUUCUGGAAACGUUGAAGAGGAAUUUCAGGACGGCACCCCUUUCUUCUUCAGAGGCCAGCGUAUCUGGGAAGCAGUCAUGAGUGAACUUUUAUCAAAGGGCCUAUCCCGUGCUAAAGAGGCUUUUCUUACAGGCUGCUCGGCUGGUGGCCUAUCCACUUACAUUAACUGUGAUGACUUCCGUGCACUUGUACCAAAGGCGUCUACUGUUAAGUGUCUUGCUGAUGGUGGUUUUUUCCUUGACGUGGAAGACAUUUCUGGGAGAAGAUAUAUGCGUGGAUUCUAUAACGACGUUGCUCGUCUACAGGACCUGCGGAAAAAGUUUACUCACUGCAGUUCAGAUAUGGAGCCAGGACAGUGCAUUUUUCCACGGGAAGUUGCAAAAGGCAUCCACACCCCAAUGUUCAUUCUCAAUCCAGCAUAUGAUGUUUGGCAGGUGGAGCAUGUUUUGUCUCCAGAAGGAUCCGACCCUGAACGCUUGUGGCAAAAUUGCAGGUUGGAUAUUACUAAAUGUGAUUCAAAGCAGUUGGAAACUCUCCAAGGUUUUAGGAAAGAGUUGCUUGAUGCUAUAAGUGAAUUCAAGAAGAAAAAGGAUUGGGGCAUGUUCAUUAACGCCUGCUUUAUACACUGUCAAUCAAUGAACUCCUUGACUUGGCACUCCCCAUCUGCCCCUAGAAUCAACAACAAGACAAUCGCUGAAUCGGUGGGAGACUGGUUCUUUAACCGGAGAGAGGUGAAGGAAAUCGACUGUGAAUACCCCUGCAACCCGACAUGCCACAACGCAGUCCUCGAUCAAGCUUACAAGGAAGAAUGACAUACAUUUUCCGCCAAAGCAUUUUGGUGAUUUUCAGCACAGUUUGUCCUACGUGUGCUCAGAAAUGGGCAGUAGUUAAGUUUUAUUGAGGGAACACCGAGCUCAGAUUUGAUUCGAACAUGUACUCGAGAAGUGUUGAAAUAUAGAAACUGUAGAUUGGCAGAGGGAGACAAUUGAUAACUGAUGAUAUGAUAUCGGUAUGUGUGUAUGUA